UUUACAAUAGAAGAGCAGGGAAGGGAGCCUGGUAAGGUUGAGUUCUAUAGAAUGACUUAUACACACCGAGAUGGCAGCUUUGUACGAGAGGAGUCUAGAGAUCUGAUCGAUAGGGCAACCACACUUAUUGUAGAGCAUACCAGCGAGUCAUCAUCAUCUGUGGAGUGCAGUAGCGUCGAGGACCAGGUGUUUACUGAGCUUAUGGGACCAGAGCGUUAUGGCAGAGUAAGGGGUUAUGGAGUUGGAGUUACCCCCAUUCAGUUUUCUGCAAUGAGCAGAUAUACUCAGGAGUGUAGACAGAACAACAGCACUGCAGAGGUCCGUAGGCUAGAGACACAGAUACAAGAGAUGAGUCAGAGACAUGAUCUACAGAUGGAGGAGCUGAGACGGAGCUAUCAGACAGAGAUCGUGUCAUUGAGGACUCAGAUGGAUCAGAUUACAUCUUUUUUAUGUGGUUUUGCCUCGCAUCAGGUAAUUAGCUACAUAUAAUUUUUAGAUUUUAUAUUAUUUUUAUGUAUAUCUUUAUUGUAUAGGCUUUAUGAGUUGUAUGUACUAAUUUCUAUAUUUUCUACUUAGUAAGCUUUUUUUCUAUUCCUUACGGGGUCCCAAUACUUCCAGUAGUCGCCGAGAUGAUGAUACAUGCACAAGUGAUAGAUCUCUCUCUUUUUUUUUUAGAAUAGGUUCUACUUGAAUUCUCUCUUGUUCAGUUUGAGCUUUUAGUUUAGGGCUUAUAAUUUUGGUUUCAUUGGUUAUAGGUUCUUUCGGGUGUAGCUUCGGGGUAAUCCGGGUCUGGGCAUGAUAGAUAUGGUGGUUUGUUAUGAUUGACUAACAGAUGUCUUCUUAGAGCAUAUCUUUCUCUUAUGAACUUCGAACUGAAUGAAAUGGGUUUUAUCGUUUGUUGUGAUGCAUAGGUUGGAUUUUAUCAUUUGUUGUUGGAUUGUUAUUUUGCCGUUGAUCAAGUCUCAGUGGUUGUUGAUAUUCUGUGAUGUGAUGUUGCAGGAUCCUUUUUUUUAUAUAUUUUUUUUGAUGUCUCUAUGUGAUGUGAUGUUUCAAAUCAUUUUUAGCAACAUUUCAGCUUGAUGAUGACUUGAUCUAGCUUCUACUCGCAGAGGUUAAUUAUUUGUUGGUCAUAGAUAACCCAGCAUCUGGUUAUAUAUGAUGAGGAGCCAGUUACUGUCUGCUCAUCUUUCCACUUAUACAGGAGAAUUACACCUCAAGUUUUUCUUUUCCUUUUCUUCCUUUUCUUUUUGUGUGUGUGUGUGUUUCUUUGCUGACAUUGCUUGCUUUUGAACAAGCUCUAGAAUGUCUACAAUCUCAUGCAUCUUUAUGUCUUGAUCAGAUAAUAUUGUUGUUUAUAUUCUUCCUAUUCUCAUCUCUACCCUUUUUCUUGCGGCA